AUGUUUAAAUGAACCUGGAAAGAAUUACAUUUUUUGUUUUUAAACAUUAGAGCAACUGCAGAACUGGACAAGCAAAUAACCGGGUCCAUUGGCAAUAACCGUUGAUUGACAAAAGAUAGCAGAUAGUUAAGUUAAAGUUGGCAAAAUGUCUGGCUGUAACGUUACCUAGCGUAACCUUUCUAAAAAGAUUCAGUCAUAGUUACAAUAUUUAUAUAGUUGAUGCUAAAAGCUAGCAUCAGUAGUUUUAGCGUAAGUUAGCCGUUCGGCAAAGACAAGGAAACUGUUUCAGAAAUGAUGCUAUUGUUGAGUUUGCAGGAGGGAAUAGUUGUAGCAUUUUAACUUAAAGAACAUCUGCUAACAGUCCUCAGAGAAAGUGCUUAUUUCACUUUUUAUACACUUUAUAACAGAAAUACGAAAGUACCGUGAAUUUGGUUUGAAUAACAAUUUGGCAGAACGUCGGAUCGGACGCUGGUCUUAUUUAGUUUGCUAUGUUUUGUUGUUGUUGUUUGUUUGUUUUUAUAGAUGUCUACAUGUGCCUUUUAGAUGUUUUAUAACUUCUUUUUGUGUCAGUGAAAUAAUAUUUAACUAUAUAUAUAAAGACCACCUGUCUGUACCCACAGACAUGUCACGACAGAUGGGAGAAAGCCAUCGAAGGUUUCUUCAGACCAUGAUGGUCAGUGGAGUAAUCGAUGAGCAAGCUGCAAAGGCUCUUUAUCAAUACUGCUGUGAAACGCACCGCACACAGUAUGCACCCGACAAGCUGGAAGAUUUUAUUGAUACUAUCAACUCAAGACUGCAGCCAAUGUUCAUGCAGAUUAGGAAAGGGAUGUCUGAAAAUAACGGUCUGCAGUACUACGCCUUGGUGAACAUGGCUGAAACUGACAUCACCAGGAUGUCGUCAGAUUAUGCCGACAAUGAACUUGAGCUCUUCAGGAAAACAUUGGACCUCAUCGUGUGCUCUGAGGAUGGCAAGGCUUCCUCUACUGAUAUUCUGAACAGCACAGACUCCAUGACCACCAGAAAGAUGAAGAAGAGCGAAACAGAGCACCUGUUGAGCCGAUUAGUGCACGACAAAUGGCUCAGUGAGAAACGGGGCGAAUACACCUUGUCCACCCGGUGUAUCAUAGAGAUGGAGCCUUAUAUUCGCACAAUGUAUCAAGACCAUGUCAAAGUGUGCCACAUCUGUCGUAACAUCGCUUUCCAGUGCCAAAUCUGUGAGAAUCCUACAUGUGGCAUAAAAAUACACAACCCAUGUGUGGCCAGAUACUUCAAAGGCAAAUCGGAGCCACGUUGUCCUUCUUGUGAUGACUUCUGGCCACAUGAAAUCCCUGAAGUGAAACGUCCUCAUUCACAAUCCAGGAGAUGAAGGCUUCAUCAAUAGUCUUUCUUAAUGGUUUAUUAAUAUAAUAUAAAUGUCUUUAUUGUUUUUGCUUUUAUACAUACAAAAUAAAAGAUUGUUUCAA